CAGGUUUGGGCCCCUCUACCAUCUACGUAAGGUAGUUAUCCAUCCACUUCAACAGUUUGAAGCAUACUUCUCUCUUUGAAUUUCUUAAUCCGAGGAGUUUUGUCUUGACAGCAACAGCAUGGGAACACGUGAAGCCAGCCACGCCGGUUCUUGGUACGAGGAUGACCCCGUUCAACUCUCAUCGCAACUUAACGAGUUCCUAGGGCGAGUGCCGGAUACCUUGGACGAGAGCAGUCUCCCCGUUAGCGGUGCGAGAGUUAUCAUUGCUCCGCAUGCCGGAUAUACGUACUCGGGGCCGUGUGCUGCCUGGGCCUACAAGUCCCUCGACCUCAGCGCCGCGAAACGCGUAUUUGUCCUCGGUCCAUCUCACACCUACUACCUCCACGGCUGUGCUCUCUCUACCUUUCACAAGUACGAAACACCAUUCGGGGACCUGGUCGUGGACAGGGCUACGGUGGAUGAGCUGAGCCGCACUGGUCGGUUCUCCACCAUGCCCGCCCGCCGGGAAGUUGAGGAGCACUCCCUUGAGAUGCACCUUCCGUAUUUGUGGAAGAGGCUUGAGCAAACCUUCGGCACUGGCAGCAAUGAAUACCCGCCAAUAAUCCCGAUUCUUGUUGGGGAUGGAUCAGCCGAAGAGGAGGAAUCGUUUGGUCAGAUCCUGGCCCCUUACGUAAAGGACACGGAAAACGUAUUUAUUGUCUCGACGGACUUUUGUCAUUGGGGCUCCCGGUUUCGGUACCGACCGCAGUACAAGAACGGGCUUAUUCGGAACCCAGACGCCUCUGGAUCCCCUGGUAGCCCCGAUAGUGGAGGGGUUCUUAAGGUCCAACCGAUUCUAGAGGAUCACGUGGAUGCUUCAGAUGUACCAGCCAUUCAUGAAGUUAUCAAGAUGCUUGAUGACAUGGCCAUGGAUGCAGUUCGAACGGGCGUGCAUGGAGACUUCUACAAAACUGUUCAAGACACCCAGAAUACCGUCUGUGGGAGGCAUCCAAUCGGGGUUGUCAUGGCUGCUCUGGAAGUGCUUGCCAGAGAUGGACUUGAAGACGGGAAGGGGAGAUUCAAGUUCAUCCAAUAUCAGAGGAGCAGCCUGGUUCAAAGGGUUUCAGAGUCGAGCGUGAGCUAUGCAUCGGCUUAUGCAGUUGCCUGAAGCCUCGCUAAGGAGGGGACAUAGCCGACUAUACCCGCUCGCAAGCAUGGCCAUACGUACUGGUGCAACAGCCUAAUUAUUGUUCUAGCUGCGCAAUGAAGACAUAUCUAGUAAAUGUGUUCUUUUGGGGUCUAAAGUACAUCUUAAGGGGACUAGGCACCUGCACGUAUCGAGUAGUGAAGUGGAAGGAAAGGCUGGUAAUCAUUAGACACGAUGAUAAUAUAAUAUUUGUAUGUACUGCAAGCUCAUACUCUGUAACUGUGACGGGGGCUGUGCUCUAGCAGAAAUUCUGGAAGCUGGGACAGCGCUU